UGUGUGUCGGCGUGACCCUGAUCACAUGAAGCAGACACGCAUUUUCCUUUACAGCUCACUGCUGCAGCCAAUGGGCUGCAAACCCAUAGCAAAAGCACGCAAACUAGAUCUUAGUGACACUUAUGUAAUACCAUACGUUGGUCAUGAAAUAAGUGACUCGGCCUGUUCCAUUGAUGGGUCUCGCCAAAGCCGGGCGAUUUCCUGACUUGAUCGUGUCACCAUUUGCGGCUAGUUUGUUCAGUGCUUUGUCCAGCGAGUCGGGAAAAUGUUUAUAUGACUAACCACAUAAUAUUGUCGAUACGGAACGGAAAACGUCAGUGAGUUCCUCCGACGUGGCAACAAAAUCAUUUGUGAAUAAUUUCAUGGAAAGUAACACGCACGUUAAACAUUGAUGUACGUACCUAUCAUCUGCUGAGGUGUCCGGUUCUAAAAGGCGGCCACAGGUGCUACCAUAUAAGGGUAUAAGAAGUGUCAUCACAUCAGCAGGCCUCUCUGCCCAGCUAGGCUUGUCAUUUGUAACCCACCAUGCCCCUGGAAGCACACCUGCGCCUGUGUCAGAGCUGCUUGGGGUGCUACAGAAUUGGACUACGCAUGUUCUCUCUCAGUACUGUGUACAGAUCUUGUGAGAAUUACUAUGACCUUUUAGGAGUUAAGCCCGAUGCCUCGGUGGAACAAAUUAAGAAUGCAUUUUUCGUCAAAUCGAAAAAGCUGCACCCCGACAGUGACCCAAGCAACCCAGGCCUCCACAGCCAGUUUGUGGCCCUGAAUGAGGCCUAUCGAGUGCUGAGCCGUGAGGGGUCACGGAGGGAGUAUGACCGGCGCCUCCAGCAGCCCUACUACGGCAGCCAGGCCUUCAACUCAGCAUCUGGCUACACCUACAGGCAGCCCUCCAGUGCGGACACAGUAGAGAGGAGGCGCUACUGGGAGCAGUUCCACCAUGCCCCACCACAGGAGUACACAGCUGAGCAGUGGGAGCAGAAAAAGAGGAGGAACAUGCGCCUGGUGGGGUACUGCCUGGUGGCCAUGGUGGCGAGCAUUGUUGCCCACUAUUUCGGCUUCAGAAAACUGGAGGAGGUCCACAACAACUUCAUGGAUAAUAAAGACAGGGUGAUCACAGAGAUUUACAAUGAGUCCAAGGAACGAGCCAGAGUGAACGGUUUCAAGAAGCAGACGGAGAUCCUGAGGCAGAAGCAUGCCGAAUUUAUCGAAAAGUAUAGACUGCGUAACUCUGGGGACGACAAGUAGAGGCAAAGACAGGGCAAGAGAGGGUCAACAGGUGGAAGGAAAGGGAACAGGAAGACAGGAAGCCAGUGUUGAGAAUGGGGGAGGGGGUGGAGAUAACACAAAAAAAGAGUUGUGUUAAAUGGUUGUGUGAGUGAUUGAGAGUGAGAGAAAGAGAGAGAUUGUGCCAGAAUUUGUUAGAUAGCAGAGAGGAGGACAUGUUGAGGGAGUUGACAAAUCUCAUGAAUAUAAUACCUCUGAAAAACUCUGAAGGACAGCAUUACAGAACUGCAACACAGCA